UUUAACGUACAUGUAUGAGUAAAGUUUCUUUGCUCUUAUCUUAUGUUUUAAGACGUCUAAGAAGUCAGCCCUAUUAUCUAGGUGAUCAACGUUCGGUAAAAUGGUUUCCUAUAAGAUAACGGUUAAAACUGGAGACAAAAAGGGAGCAGGAACGGAUGCUAAUGUUUAUCUAAUACUUCAUGGAAAAGGUACCCAGACAAACAAGCAGACUCUUGAUACCUUUUUUAAAAAUGAUUUCGAAAGAGGUAAUAUUGAUAACUAUUCUGUUGAUUCUGAAGUCAACAUACCAGAAGUGCAAAGAAUUGAGUUGUGGCGAGACGCAUAUGGUUUGUUCAGCAACUGGUAUUUAGAUUGGAUUGAAGUUACCAAUUUGGCAACCAACAUCACAUCAAUAUUCCCAGCAAUGAAAUGGAUCAAAGAGAACCAGCGUUACUUUUUCAAUCACAUUGACACAUGUUUGCCACAAGACGAUCCAUUCAAAGAAAUGAGAAUGGUAGAGCUUCAGAACAUACAGAGAGAUUAUCAGCUUCAAGUUAAGGUACCUGGAUUACCUGCUCAGGUAAAAGAAUUACCAGAAGAUGAGAGAUUCUCAUUUGAUUAUCAAUUCAGCAUGGGUCUGAAAGGCAAAAUUUACCGAGAAGAAAGUCAGAGAUUGGUGAUGGCCAGCGGCCGCGAGUGGAAGGAUGUCGAAGACGUGAAGUCUGUGUAUACUACAGUGUUUGGAGUCCCACAGGGUUCAAAAACCUUCAACGAUGAUGCUAGCUUUGGACGUCGGAGGUUGAACGGUUUAAAUCCUUCAAUAUUGAAUCUCUGUUCCGAAAUUCCUAAAAAUUUUGGAGUGACUGAAAUAAUGGUCAAACCGUUCCUAGAAGGCAAGACAAUGAAACAAGCCAUGGACGAUAAAAGGCUGUUUAUUAUAGACUUGGCGAUAUUGGAAGGAUGUCCAACUGUUGGGGAAACCAUUAUGACAUGUCCAUUUGCUUUAUUUUAUUUUAACGAUGCCAAAUGUCUUAUGCCAAUAGCAAUACAGCUAUUUCAGAAGAAAGGACCAAGUAAUCCGGUUUUCUUACCGUCAGAUCCAGAGUACACCUGGAUGAUGGCAAAGAUGUGGUACAGUGUGGCUGAUUCUACAUAUCACCAAGCUCUGACUCAUCUAAAUUUUACUCAUUUGAUGAUGGAAGGAAUAUGUGUCGCAGCUAAGAGAAACCUAGCGCCAUCACACCCAAUUAUGAAAUUACUAAAUCCACAUUUCAUAUAUCUCAUGGCAAUAAACAGUUUGGCACUUGGUACGUUGAUUAAUCCUGGUGGAUCCAUAGACAAAGAUUCAAGUGCAGGCGUCAACGGCCACUUUUACAUAAUAAAAAAGAGCAUGGAAUUCUGGAGAUUGGAUUUACAUGGAACUCUUCCAGAGGAUUUGAAGAGCCGAGGGGUAUUUGAUCAGACUGUACUGACUGGAGCUUAUCAUAUGAGAGAUGAUGCUCUGUUGUUAUAUGAUGCCAUUAGAACCUACGUAAAGAAAUACGUAAUGCACUACUAUUCUGCAGAUAGUUCUUUGACCGCUGAUUAUGAACUACAAAAAUGGGGUGCAGAACUUGUAAAGUCCAGGGAUGACGGCGGAGUUGGAAUCUUGGGAGUCCCAAAUAACGGUAAAUUUGUAGCCACAGACCAACUUGUUCUAACAUUGACAGCCAUUAUCUACACGUGUAGUGUUGGUCAUGCCGCAGCCAACUUCCAACAGUAUGAUGAAUAUGGUGCUCCGUUUAAUUACCCAUACUUUCUGUCUGGAAGUCCGCCUAAAGAUAAGAGUCCAGUUACUAUAGAAACUGUCCUUAGGUCUAUUUCAAACAGAAUGCAGCUUUUACAGUUGAUGGCAGCCACAAAAGUUCUUAGUGAGAAAGGAACACAAAGUCUAGGUGAUUUUGAGAAACAAUUAAUAGUUGAUCCACCAGCAAUAAAAUUUGUUGAAGAGUUUCGACAGAAUUUACGGGAGAUCGGUAAGACAAUUGACGAAAGAAACAAAAAAAGGAAACAUCCAUAUGAUGAGCUUCAUCCAUCGGCAAUCCCAAAUGCAAUAAGCAUCUAGAUACUCAAUCAAUUAUAUCUGUUUUUGAACAAAGCCAUUAUAGUUUAUGUAUGCCAAGGCAAAGUUCAAAGCUUUUCAAUAAAUUACAGUCAUUAAAAAUAUUGUGUUUGAAUUCGCUUUAAUAUACUAGAAUUUAGCUGCUAUAUUUGUAAUUUUGUAACUGAGUUGAUCAGUUGAGUUGAACUUUGUGAGUUGAUAUUGCUUUUAUUUUUUAAUUGUCAUCCAUAACGUACAGCCUUUGUGUAAUAGUCCUAACACUAUUAAUCUUAUGAAUCUAAGUUAUCCAGAAAAAAAGUAUUGACAAAAAAUACCGAUCUCCAAGACAAAUUCAAAAAGGAGAAGUCCAUAAAAACGGAAAAGUCAAACGUUAAGACUUUGUCAAUCAACGGAAUGAAUGGAAAACAACUGUUAUAUUCUUGACUUAUUACAGACAUUUUCUAAGUAAAUUAAGAUGAUUGCAACCUACUCCAAAAUAUAAAUUCCAGUGAAUUGGGUGGGAGGGUAUGAGUUAUAUAUCAGCUGAUUAAGUUAAGUUAUUUUCCAGAAACUUCGAAAAAUCCUUAAACGAUAUUAUUUCGCAUUAUUGACCUGUGUGUUUUGUUUUCUUAGUAUGAAGUUAUUUUUCUGUACAAACACUGGGAAAUUUCUUAUUGCAAUAUAUAUACAUAAUUGUGAUUUCAAUAUAUUACUUAAGAUAUA